AUGUCUCGAGUACUCACAUCAUCUUUUAGGCUUAGAGCCUUCUUUUCAAACAUAAUUUUUACACGAUCAUUCUCAACGGCGGCAUUAAAUAAUUCAUCAAAACCUGAGCAUGUCCGAGCGUUUAAGAAACCAAUUCAAUUCGGUGUGAAAGAAAGACCCGAUCUCAAUAAACCCGUUCAUGUCAAACCAAGUCUAUUAGAAAGAUCAAAAAGACUACUUGAUCCGGCUGCAAAUGCUGAAACGAGAGAGAAAUUAAUAGCAGAAUUCAAAGUGUCAUAUUGGAAGGAUUUCCAUGAAUUAAGAAACGAAGGUGAAAAGGUAUGGAAUGCGGAUGAUAAACUUAUACAAAUUGAUAAAGCCCUGUACAUGCCUAAUGUAAAAGGUAGCACCUUGUCAAAAGCUAAUGUAGACACUACAAGUCUUCUCAGAGGCAAAAUAUCUCUGCUUGUUGGUUGCUUCAAUAGGUUUGGAGAGCAACAAUUGCAUUCAUUUACCGAUCCUUUCUUGAAAACAUUUUCGAACAAGCCCAACAUUGGCCUUGUUGAGUUAAACAUGCUGCACAAGUUCAUUAAUAAAUUAAUUUUGAAACUAUCCAUGCCUUACCUUAGAAGCAACACACCAAUGGCUCGCCACAACUCGUAUGUGAUCGUUUCGGAAGAUAUCGAGUUCAUUAGGAAAGCUCUUCACAUGACAAAUGUUCAUCGCGGCUAUGCCUUUCUCAUUGAUCCUGAUUGUCGGAUACGGUGGGCAGCCCAUGGGAAUGCAACAGAACAAGAAGUCCGAACAAUGUUGAAUUUGACAAACUUAUUAGAACAGCAGUGUUGA